AAAUUAAAAAAAGAUUGCGUUUUUUCAUUGUAACAGUCAGUUUAUUAUAUUUAAUAUACAUUACACAUUAAACAUUGGUAAAUGUGUGAUCUACUGAAAUAUUACCACAUAAGUUUUUUGCUUAUCUAAUAUUUGUAGGAAUCUUUUAAGAUUCUUUUUCAUCAUAAUCUGUAGUAAUAAAUAAUCGAUAAGACAUUAUAUCUAAAAAGUAUGUUUUUCUUUUGAAACAUACUUCAAAUCAGUACUCUGCAAUCGAUCGUUUUUGACAAGAACAGUCAAGAAAAUUCGGCGACGAAACUUGAGAAACGCAUGACCAACAUCUGAGAUGAGGACGAACCAAGCUGUAGGAGAUGUGGGAUCAGCUACCGGAGCUGAUAUUGACGCAGAUAUUUGGUCAUCUUAAUCGCGUAGAUCGUGCCAACGUUGGUCAAGUUUGUCGGUCAUGGAACCGCACGUUGUCCUCGCCUGUACUCUGGCGAUCCGUCACAGUCCUCAUCGAUCGCGAUCUACGUGGCGACUUUCUAGCAGGAGAAUUAGCCGCGAAAUAUGGACAGCAUAUGCGCAAUUUGGAACUCGCUUUUUCAAGACCGUACUUAAUCUUGCCAAGGCAGACAAGAAUCACGCGUAAUACCCAAGCAGAAGCUGGCGCUGACUUUCUCGCGAUCGUGCGUGCUAAGGAUGUGCAGCUGCGACAACUGACAUUGACAAACUGGGUUUUCGGUUACAAAUGGGGUAACAGGGGAAUACUGCUUUGUGCCUUGGCAAACUUUUUGCGUGGCCAACGCAAUCUUGAGAUACUGAGCUUGUUGAACGCCGAUUUCGGCGUGACUGAUAUCUUGCGAUUGUUGGGAACAGUUGCUAAGGGAUCUGGCGAACAUUUGAUAUCCUUGGAUCUACGCGGUGCUUUCAGAGAGUGGCAAGCUCCUCACGAUAAUCCGAGAUAUUUGCGCUUGCUGGGUCGUUUCCAUGCGCUAACUAUCUUAAAGUUGGAUUAUCCAGCUUUGUCGAAUCACGCUCUUAAUGCUCUUGCGAGUGGAGCAUCAAAAACGCUAAAGAGUCUAUACAUAUCUGUGAGAGAUUCGGAUUCUAGACAGCACGUAGUAUCGGAUGCUGCUUGGCGCAAUCUCGUGUUAGCUUGCACCGAUCUGACGGUAUCAUAUACUAUAGUGAACAUCUCGCACUACGAGGAUAUGUAUUAUUUGCUGCUACCCAGUGUUCCUCUAGCCAAGUUCCACAUGUUUAGUGGACAUGUUUGGGAUCAGAGCAGAUCACGGAACUUUCGAAGCACGAUUGGUUUAUUAAUUACUCAAUACACAGCUACGUUAGUCGAAGUUACGCUGCAACUUAGAAAUAAUCGUGAAUCCCUUGACGAUUUACUCGUAUGCAUGUUAAUGCGAUGCAAAUACUUGACGAGAUUGCAGUACGAUGGAAUUAUAAGAAACCUUGAAACUUUACGCGAGAUUUGUCAGCUUCAAGCUGAAAAUAAAAUUUGUUUUAAAACAAUACACGUAAAACCUCGGAACGUUAAUAUCCAAAAUCGUGCUGUAUUAAACAAUAUUAAUUACCAGUAUGAUCGCAAAAUGCACGAACAAGCAGUCGACUUUCGGAUUGAAGAUCCUACUUCAAUACUGUUCUUCUAUUAAUAACUUGUCAUAAUUUUGAGCAAUAUCAUUUUUAUUUCAUCUUUUAAAACGUCUGUGAAAAACUAUAUCUCCUUUGAUAUUAAUGUUUUCUAUGAGAAAUACUUUUCUUUUCUUUUCGUUGUAUAACAGUUUUUAUAAAAUGCAGUUUCACAAUAAAAUAAUAUAUAUUGUAUAAUGCAAUAUUAUUAAUUGUGUUUUUUGCACUACCUCUCUUUCAAUGUGCGUACAUCGAACUGUGUAUGAGUAUUUUAUUACUAUUAUAUUUAUCACAUAAUCACAUUCA